AUGAAAAAGCCAGAGAAAGAUAUCAGCAUUUUCAGUUCAAAUCACCUCAGUACAGACUUUGCAUCAGUAGAUUUUUGUGGAGAUAAAUUCAGAGCCAUGUUCAACAGAAUUUUUGGCAAUUCGGGGGAAGACAACCAGAAAUGGGGAAAGAAAAAAGAAAAAAGGAGGGACCAGCAUCACAAGAGGCACAAGAGUCACUCUUCACGUCACUGGGAACGGUCCUCCAACUCGGAUUCCUCUUCAGAAAAAAGGGGCCAUAAAAGUGAGAGGAAGGGGAAGAACAAGUACCAGAAGCGUUCUGAAUCCAGGUCCUCGGUGUCUUCCAUGUCAUCCCCGUCACCUUCCCGCUCACAGAGCUCCAAGGGUGACUUGGGUGAGCAGCUAAGCCUCCAGGAACGCUUGAGAUUGAAAGAAGACCAAAAGAACCAAAAGGAGUUGAUGAAGGCUCUUGAAACCCCUGAAGAGAAACGGGCCCGACGUCUAGCCAAGAAGGAGGCCAAGGAACGAAAAAAACGGGAGAAGAUGGGAUGGGGAGAAGAGUAUAUGGGUUACACCAAUACUGACAACCCUUUCGGAGACAACAACCUGCUAGGAGCUUUCAUCUGGGGCAAGGCUUUGGAAAAAAAGGGAAUUGGACACUUGGAGGAAAAAGAACUGAAAGAUCGUAACAAGCGGAUCCAAGAAGAAAAUCGACUUGAAUUGCAGAAGUUCCAAAAUCCGGAUACGAGAUGGGCGGGCCAAGCCAAUUGAUCUCUUGGCAAAAUACAUCAGUGCUGAAGAUGAUGACUUGGCAGUGGAGAUGCAUGAGCCGUACACAUUUCUAAAUGGACUCACUGUCUCCGACAUGGAAGAUCUACUAGAAGACAUCCAGGUUUACAUGGAGUUGGAGCAAGGGAAGAAUGUGGAUUUCUGGAGAGACAUGACCAUCAUCACUGAAGAUGAAAUAUCCAAACUCCGGAAACUGGAGGCUUCUGGGAAAGGACCAGGUGAUGCCAGUGAGAGUGCCGAGGAUAUUUUUUUCCGCCGGGCCAAAGAAGGGAUGGGGGCUGAUGAGGCCCAAUUCAGCGUGGAAAUGCCCUUGACCGGCAAGGCCUACCUGUGGGCUGACAAAUACCGUCCCCGCAAGCCACGUUUCUUCAACCGAGUGCACACCGGAUUUGAGUGGAACAAGUACAACCAGACCCACUACGAUUUCGACAACCCUCCGCCCAAGAUUGUGCAGGGUUACAAGUUUAAUAUCUUCUACCCGGACCUGAUUAACAAACGCUCUACCCCGGAAUACUUUCUGGAAGCUUGCCCAGACAAUAAGGACUUCGCCACCCUGCGCUUCCACGCUGGACCUCCCUACGAAGACAUCGCCUUCAAGAUUGUCAACCGGGAGUGGGAAUACUCUCACCGACAUGGCUUCCGCUGCCAGUUUGCCAAUGGCAUCUUCCAGCUCUGGUUCCACUUCAAGCGCUACCGUUAUCGGCGCUGAAGAGGUGAACCAGAAGUGGGCUGAUUUUAUGAAGGGACAAAUGUAGGUAAUAUGCUUGAACGUGGACCAAGAUGGCGGCUUUCAGUAUUGGGCAGCGUUUCUAAAGUGUGAUAGAACUACUACUAUCAGAAAUUGUCUUUUUAAAAAAUGUUUCAGGGCUGCCCUGAUAUUCACCAGCAAUUCGGCUCUGGGGGAAUUGUCUCUCUGGCAGUAGAUGGUGCUGUUCCCUCUGCUAGGCGGUGACAUCUGAGUCCGGUCAAUUUAAAAUGUCUAAUUGAGGUAGCUGAUACCUUGAUUGAGAUGAUCCUUGUUUUCUAGAAUGUAUAGAUUUGGGAGGGUGGGAGAAAAUGUCCAACUACGAUAAAGAUUUUGGAUAUCUGCUG